GUACCUUUGGAUCAUGCGGCAAAAUUGUUAUCUCUUAAUUAAGACUUCCCACGAUGCCGAAAUCCAAGAAGGCAAAGACGAAGCACAAUAGCUCCAAAGCUAAUGGCGAUUCCAGCCAGGCCGAAAUCUGGGACGACUCGGCACUGAUCAGGUCAUGGAAUGAUGCUGUCGCUGAAUAUGAGUAUUAUCACAGCAUCCACGCCCGAGGCGAAGACGUUGAAGAGGUUCUGCGCCAGGCGGAGGAGGAUGAAGUGCGCGAUGCAAUCACCACUGGACUCGACGAGUGGCUCGAUGUAAAGGCGGAUCGCGAGCUCCCAGCAACGGCCGGUGCCGGUGCUGGUGCCGAAGAUGUCGAGGACGGUGAGAUCGAAGACGGCGAAGUCGAUGAAGCACUUGCUGCAGCCAAAGCAGCUUUGAGUCAGCAAGUCCAGGGAAAUACUCCAGACCAGACUGUGCGCCGUGCCAAAUCAGCAACCACAGCAGAAGCCAGCACCCAGGCUAGUGCUCAGCAACAUCACACUUCUUCCCAGGCACCAUUGCCUACCAUUGGGCCUAUAUUGCCCGCGACAAGCGAACAAGGCCCGUCUUCAGAUCAAACCCUCGAGAAUAUCAAGAUGGCAUACUACUGGGCAGGCUACUAUUCCGGCCUCUAUGACGGCCAACGUCAAGCGCAGCAGCAAGCAGCAGGGAAUGGGCAAACGGCAAAACCCGGUCAAGAUCCAGAGCAGACUCAAACUCUAGGACUCAAAUGGGGGUGAGAUCCCUAAUUGGCCGCGCAAAUCCUCAUGGAAUACGACGACCCUUUUCGGCCAGUCCAAUACUGAGAUUCCCACGAAAUGGCCAACAGAAGCACCCGGCCCGCUCGGGUUACACGACUCGCCGUUGCUCAAGGCUUAUAUCUGGCUACAUGCUCACCUAAUCACGUCGACGUAGUCAAGCUAUAACCUGUCCGCUUAAAUAUGGUUUUAGGGGUUAUUGUUUCUCGGCAAAGGGACAAACGCAACGACGCACAGCACAGGAAGGCCGCCCCGACGGUGCGUGUCUUGCCCGGAUCGUGGGUUUUCGACCCUUUGAGAUCCGCCAGGUCGGACGAUCAUCGAAGGAGGAAAAUUAUGCUUUCGGCACCUUAACAGAGAACAGAGAGCGCCGAAGCCCACGCCCAGACCUGGUAAUUAUCUGAUCUCUCUAGGUCUUCCGCCACGUGUGAGAUCAUAUGCAGACGAUCACUUCUCGCCGGCCAGGGGGGCUCCUAGGUUUCGACGAAGCCGGGCUCGGCAGCACUGAGACGACGUCUGCAAGGACCCUUUCUUGUGAGCCAACAGCCGACAAUAUUACGAUAAUCAUCAUUGUCGACUGGCGGUUCAGACAAAUUGGGUGAAUAGCGUGUGUGCUAGGUUGGCAGAGUCAAUUGGAAAACAGCGAGCGAAUUGGAAAAAAGCCAGGGGCGGAGUAAGAUCAGAGAGCUCGAACAAUUGAAAAUAGCCUUGCGUCUGAAGCAGUAGACGACAAAGUGGUGUCGUUACUCGUUGAUCACUCAAAGUCUUGUCUACGAGAGAGCCGACGCCAUGCCGUUGUUCAGG